AUGGAUCAGCGCAAGGUGAUUAAAUUCAACAGCAUCCGGAAGCUAGCACCAGCGGAGGUGAUGAGGAAGCGGAUGGCAAACGAACGGUGCGGUAUAUGCAUGCUGAAGGGGAUGCAUCCGACUCGGUACGGAGGCCUCGUGAGCAAGACGUGCAAGCUUGCAGGAUCGUUCGAGUGUCACUACUUCUGUCUGCUUUCUGCCAGCGAGAUAAUGCCGCGACAGUUCGGAGGUUCAGGCAUCAAAGCGUUCCUCGUCUGGGACGUUAUUGAUAGUCUGUUUGGCAUCCGGGACAAAACAUGUGUAUACUGCCGUCGAUACUCAGCCCCGAUCCAAUGCUGCGCGGAGGGUUGCAACCGCUGGUUUCACUACAUAUGCGGGUAUACCAAUUCUUGCCUCGUCCAGCUCACCGGCAGCUGUCUGGCGUUCUGCGACCGGCACCUGCCGGACCGGUACCGCCACGCGCGUCGACAGAACUUUGCCGAUUGUGACAUUUGCCGCCAGAAUCUCCCACUGCCAACCGACGCGAGCUACAAUCCGGUCGGGAUCGUUGGGUCAUGCGGCGGCUCCCGUUGUGCACCCGCCUGGAUGCACCGCGAAUGUGUUCAGCGUAUGGCCUACGCUGCCCGCCACGAUAUGGCGUGUCCCAUGUGCCACUCCGAGCAUUAUCCACAGUACGCCAAAGAGUGUGGAAUCUUCGUGCCGCAGGGUGGACGGCGUGGGAUCAGACGAAAUGAUACGAUCCAGCCCGGCCCGGUGGAUGAAACGAACAUGGCGGGUUGCGACCUUUGCGGUAGGCAGGCGGUGAAGGGGCGGUGCAUCGCGCUGCCAGACCUGGACAAACUGAUGUGCGAAGAGUGCAAGUCUCAAUCGUUCAUCGAUUUUUUGUAA